UCAAAAUUUGAUAACUUCAGCUCAGAGCAGCAUUGAGGGAUCAAGCCUAAAUGAUCCCAGGGAAAGUCUUGUUGGAACAGAAGUGUUGGAACAGCCAGCUAAUUCUUUCACAAUAUUUGGUCAGCAAACCAAUGAGCUUGAAAAAUGUACCUCAAGUAUUUCAGGAAUUUCAUUAGCACAGCACACCCCGCAGGAUUCCAACAUAAAUUCAUUUCCCUCUGAUAGUCCAGAUGAAGGCAUCAGCUCUGUACAACAAAGGCCUAGAGCAGGCCAAUCUUCAGUUAACACAAGCCAAUCAUCAGUAUGCACAGGCCAAUCAUCAGCUAGCACAGGUCAUUCAUCAGACCGCAAUGGCCAAUCAUCAGCCAGCACAGGCCAAUCAUCAACUAGCACAGGCCAAUCAUCAGC